AUGGCGGAAAGAAAGAUGCGCGCCGAGAUUAGUUUCUCCAAGUCUCACAACUCUGGCUUACAAAUGGGUGGAAAUACGGGCACUGUGAAUGCCACGAUGAACACGACGAACACUUUUGCUGAAGGAGCCACUGUUUAUCUGGGCGGCUCAUCCCCUCAAAGCCCCGAAGACCAAUUUCUCGAUGCUCUAAUGGGAGGUGAUACUGGCCUUGGAGUGCCAAUUGAACCACCCGAGCCUGGUACAUGCUCAUGGAUACUCACAGAACUCCGUUCUUGGAGAGAGGGACCCCCCGAUCGCCCCUUGUGGAUUAAUGGUAGCUCCGGUUGUGGGAAAAGCGUCAUGUCUUUGUUCAUUCUCAGAGAGAAACAAAAAUGGAUCUCUUCUGAAGAAGAAGCAAAUGGGGAGAUUAUUGUUGCGGGCAGUUUCUGCGAUAGACAUCCCAACCGACAGGCGCCUAUUUGGAUUUUGAGAACUCUUCUAUAUGAAAUUCUCAGACAAAAUCGCGAUCUGAUUGACACCAAAGACCCAGAGUUUUGGCAGGAGUCUAAAACCCAAGGGCAGCUCAUUCUGAACCUGGACGCGUUCGAGUCCAUUGAUUCUCUCGCAAAAUUGCUGAAGCAGAUUACGAACCAAGCGAAUGUCAGUGAUGUAUACUUGGUCGUUGAUGGCCAGUAUCAACAACAACAAGACGCUAUGGAUUUGGAGUGCUUGUUCAACCUUGUCUCGAAACAAUGUGGCGAGAAAAAUCCCCGCUGGAUUUUUUCCACCCGACCCAACGAUCUGGACCGCUUGAUGCAGAAUGCACAAGUGGUAGACCAGUUCGAGAAGAACAGAGGGGAUAUUCAUGUUGUGGCUCAGACCCGUAUGAAAUAUCUCCAGCGUCUGAACAGUGCCAUCACCGAUUCUUUGAUCGAUGAAGUCGUCAAUAUCAUAACGACGCGUGCCGAAGGCAUGUUUCUAUGGCUUUCGCUGGCCCUGAAAUCCUUGGGGAACGGCACCUUAUGGGAUAUUAACGAAGUUAAAGACAAGCUUCAAAAAAUUCCCUAUGAUGUUCAGGCCAUCUAUGGAGAUAUUUACGAGCAUCUGAACAUAAAAAUGCGAAGUUUACUCUUAUGGGUAUACGCCGCAGGUCGCUCGUUAACAAUUAGCGAAGUUCUAAUAAUGUGGGCGCUUCAAGACGAUGCAAAUUCCGUCAAAGAGAUUAAGAAAAAGUCUCUUAGCCCAGAUACCAUCCGCAAUUCUUUUGAGGGUAAUUUGAAAGCGCUCCUUACUCUUCACGACGACAACUCCAUUCACUUUGCCCAUCCAUCCGUUAAAGACUUUACACAGCAACUAUCUAGCAGAACUGUGUCUCUCUUAUUUAAAAUUGGAGGAAAUUCGAUACUGCGCGUACCGGAGCCUCCGGUUGAUGAACAUGGUAUGAUCGACAGGGCAAAGCGCGAGAAGGAAGUCGAGCGAUAUUUGGGAGAACACCAGUUUCUUGAAUACUCGAUUACCUUUCUUGGUCUUCAUCUAAGAGAGAGUGAGAAAGAUGACCAUGAGCAAGUCGACAUCAAUGGACGAGAUGAUUUCUUUAGUGAGAAAUCCGAGGCCAUGCAGCAUUGGGUCAAAGGGUACGAUUUGUUGGUGCGUUGCACAGCAGGUAAAUAUACCGGCAGCACAAGCAGCCUUAGCCUUCUUUUCAUUUCCGCCCGACUCAAUCUCACGUCGCUGGCUGAGCGGUUCAUAUCAACAGGAAAUGCCCUUGCGUCGCUCCUCAAUCUUCCAGGCGUCAAAAUGCUCGCUGGAAAUAUGGUCCGCUCCCAGCUCGUUGACCUACCCGACAUCAAAGGGUGGCGCGCUCUACAUAUCGCUGCAGAUUCUGAAGCUGAGAAGGUGGUAGAGUGGCUCCUCAAGAAUGGCGCUGCAGUAGACUCGGAAACUAUUGGAUUGAUUCGACCUGGACGCACUGCUUUACACUUUGCUGCCUCAAAGUCUAGCCAUGCAGCUCUUCGCAUUGUUCAGACGCUACUGGAUGCGAAUGCAAACCCAGGCGAGCCCACGAUGUUUGGAGGAAACACUCCGCUUCACUAUGCGGUUCAAGGAGGCUCGCUGGAGAUAUUAACGGCUUUACUGGAUCACAAAUCUGGUCGAAAGCAUGCGGAUCCAAACUACGCCAAUUACUCUGGGUUUACGCCGCUUCAUAAAGCUGUUGCCAUCCCAAACGGGGAAGCAAUAGUAGAGCUACUGUUGCAAAAUCACGCCAACCCUUCAAUACCAUCAUCACUUGAUAAAGUAGCAGUGGCUCGCGGAGUGAAGGAUGUCACUGUGGCGUCCACAAUCAGAGCUGUAUCAAUCAUGAAGCCCGGAAAUAUGUGGAAAACGGCUACAGACGCUUUUCACGGGGUUGCUACCAAUAAGACUGCCCUGCAUAUAGCUGUGGGAGUGAAAGGAACAGAGGAGACUGUCAAGAAGCUUCUGAAAUGGUACGCAGAUCGCGACGACAUGGCAAAUAACAAAGAUUCCAUGGGAUAUACGGCAUUGCACUCAGCUGUGAAUGGUGACAGCUGCUCUACGCAUGUCAAGCUACUGGUUGAUUCGAAAAGGGUUGAUGUUAACGCAACAGAUGAGACUGGAAAGACAGCCUUAGUGCUCUACAUGCGAAAAUUAGGCAAAUCUCAGCCACUUUCCGAUAUCCGCGAUCUGAGAGCUUCGAAGCAGGUGCUUGAUGAUCUGUUGGAGGCCGGUGCUGCAGCAGAAGUCCGCGAUAAUGAAGAGAAAUCUGCCAUUGACUACGCAAAGCAGGCAGGACUGACAUGGGCUGUUGAGAAAUUGAGUUCGGUUCUCGAGCUCCCUGUAAGUCCGGACGCCGUUCCAGAGCCCCAAGCCGAGCCAGCGCAAGGUGUUAGAGGUAUAUUGAAGAAGACAGGAUUGGGAAAAUUCUCGAAGAUGUUUUAA